GGGGUCUGAAUACUUUCCAAAUGGACUGUAUCUACAACUAGCACUAUGUCAAAACCAGUUACAUCUUCAACUAGUAUUAUGUCAACGACAGUUACAUCUUCAACUAGCACUAUGUCAACACCAGUUACAUCUUCAAUUAACACUAUGUCAACACCAGUUACAUCUUCAAUUAGCACUAUGUCAACACCAGUUACAUCUUCAACUAGCACUAUGUCAACACCAGUUACAUCUUCAACUAGUACUAUGUCAACACCAGUUACAUCUUCAAUUAGCACUAUGUCAACACCAGUUACAUCUUCAACUAAUACUAUGUCAACACCAGUAACAUCUUCAACUAGCACUAUGUCAACACCAGUUACAUCUUCAACUAGCACUAUGUCAACACCAGUUACAUCUUCAACUAGUACUAUGUCAACACCAGUUAUAUCUUCAACUAGUACUAUGUCAACACCAGUUACAUCUUCAACUAGCACUAUGUCAACACCAGUUACAUCUUCAACUAAUACUAUGUCAACACCAGUAACAUCUUCAACUAAUACUAUGUCAACACCAGUUACAUCUUCAACUAGUACUAUGUCAACACCAGUUACAUCUUCAACUAGUACUAUGUCAACACCAGUAACAUCUUCAACUAGUACUAUGUCAACACCAGUUACAUCUUCAACUAGCACUAUGUCAACACCAGUGACAUCUUCAACUAGUACUAUGUCAACACCAGUUAUAUCUUCAACUAGUACUAUGUCAACACCAGUUACAUCUUCAACUAGCACUAUGUCAACACCAGUUACAUCUUCAACUAGUACUAUGUCAACACCAGUUACAUCUUCAACUAGUACUAUGUCAACACCAGUUACAUCUACAACUAGUACUAUGUCAACACCAGUUACAUCUACAACUAGUACUAUGUCAACACCAGUUCCAUCUUCAACUAGUACUAUGUCAACACCAGUUCCAUCUUCGACUAGUACUAUGUCAACACCAGUAACAUCUUCAACUAGUACUAUGUCAACACCAGUUCCAUCUUCGACUAGUACUAUGUCAACACCAGUAACAUCUUCAACUAGUACUAUGUCAACACCAGUUCCAUCUUCAACUAGUACUAUGUCAACACCAGUAACAUCUUCAACUAGUACUAUGUCAACACCAGUUACAUCUUCAAUUAGCACUAUGUCAACACCAGUUACAUCUUCAACUAGCACUAUGUCAACACCAGUUACAUCUUCAACUAGUACUAUGUCAACACCAGUUACAUCUUCAACUAGCACUAUGUCAACACCAGUUACAUCUUCAACUAGCACUAUGUCAACACCAGUUACAUCUUCAACUAGCACUAUGUCAACACCAGUUACAUCUUCAACUAGCACUAUGUCAACACCAGUUACAUCUUCAACUAGCACUAUGUCAACACCAGUUACAUCUUCAACUAGUACUAUGUCAACACCAGUUACAUCUUCAACUAGCACUAUGUCAACACCAGUUACAUCUUCAACUAGUACUAUGUCAACACCAGUUAUAUCUUCAACUAGUACUAUGUCAACACCAGUUACAUCUUCAACUAGCACUAUGUCAACACCAGUUACAUCUUCAACUAGUACUAUGUCAACACCAGUUAUAUCUUCAACUAGUACUAUGUCAACACCAGUUACAUCUUCAACUAGCACUAUGUCAACACCAGUUACAUCUUCAACUAGCACUAUGUCAACACCAGUGACAUCUACAACUACAGCAGCACUGUCUAAACCAGUGAGAUCUACAACUAGCACUACAGUAUGUCAACAUCAUUGACAUCUACAACUAGCACUAUGUCAACACCAGUGACAUCUACAACUAGCACUAUGUCAACACCAGUUACAUCUUCAACUAGCACUAUGUCAACACCAGUGACAUCUACAACUAGCACUAUGUCAACACCAGUGACAUCUACAACUAGCACUAUGUCAACACCAGUGACAUCUACAACUACAGUAGCACUGUCUAAACCAGUGAGAUCUACAACUAGCACUACAGUAUGUCAACAUCAUUGACAUCUACAACUAGCACUAUGUCAACACCAGUGACAUCUACAACUAGCACUAUGUCAACACCAGUGACAUCUACAACUAGCACUAUGUCAACACCAGUGACAUCUACAACUACAGUAGCACUAUGUCUAAACCAGUGAGAUCUACAACUAGCAGUCUAAACCAGUGACACCAAUGACAUAUUAUUUAACACACCAAAUUGUCAAUGUACACUUUACAUGUAUGACAUACUAAAAGGGUGUGAUAAGCUAACAAAUUAAGGCGGUUACACCAAUGACAUAAAACGUAGGGACACAUUAUAUAUUAACAGUGCCUUCAGAAAGUAUUCACACCCCUUGACUUAUUCCACAUUUUGUUGUGUUAC